CCGCGGGGGCCGCCGGCCGGUGGUACGGCCCAGCCACCGGCCUCCAACACCCCUCGCCGCGGCUCAAGUUUCUGCGCCCGGAGGACGCGGCCUCGGCCAAUCCCCGGGCUACAGGGCGCUUUUAAAAUGCAGGCCCAACCCCGUGCAAAUGAAUCCGGGUUUGGAGAGGGUUUCAGCUUACACUUGGGGAGGCGGCAAGCCACUCCCCCGUCCCAAGCCAGAUCAAACAGCUCCCUGGAGGUAUCCCCCAAAGGAAGCCCGUGCAGAGAGCUCCUGGAAGAGAAGAGGUGAGCAGAGGAUUCAUGAGCCCACUAGAGAAGUUGUGGAGAAUCUCCCUCCCAGUGUGUGUCCAUUUAAAGCCACACAGAUGUUUUUGAGAGCCAGGUGGAGUGAGAGCCAGUAUACACAUAAUAGACCGUGUUAAAACACAGAACUUGGGAACUGAUAAUGAGACCACACUGGAGUCCCUUGUUCCACCUGCGGAGGCUCCUGGAAAUGCCAUGUUUUCAUGAGGUGUGGCCUGGCGCAUCCGCCAAGCAAGCCUCCCACGAGCCCGUCCGGAUGCUUGAUUGAAGCAGGCAGGGCUGAAGGCAGAGACCUGUGGCCCACCGUUCGCGACUGUCUCGCCUCGGCUGGCACUGGUUUCCAAAGUCUCACCCCUGGGUGGUUCUGUCCAGAGAGCUGACCUCCCCCUAGCUGCCCCGAUCUCCAGCCCACAUUCUCCGCUCUGCCAAAAGGACAGCAUGAAGAGCUUAGUCCUCAGACACCCGAUUAUGUGUCACACAUCCCCUGCCUUCGCCCACAGUGCUCGCUUGGUCCUGGACAUCCUGUCCCUCUUCCUCACCUGGCUGACUCCCACACCAGGACAAAGCUCCCUGCAUUCUGAGCCGAGACAGUGCAAGGGCUCUGGGGGCGCCCAGCCCUGGGUCCCUGUGCAGUGCUGCCUCCAACCAGCUGUGUGCCCGGGCAAGCCCUCACCUCCUGGAGAACUCCACCUGUGGAUGGCGUAGCCAGAGCACCUACACUGCGCCCCAGGGCUGUUGUUGAGACAGAAGGAGGUGUGCAGAGUUGGCGACACCGUGUCUGGGCUGGGGCCCAGUAAAGGAGAGGAAUCUGGAGAAAUCACUAGUCCUGAACUAGUAUGAGUUGCACAGGGCCUUGAGGACGAAGUGUGGAAGCCAUCAGCACGAGGGCUGUCAUCUCAGGGCCUGAAAUGGCUCAUCAGGUGGGUACAGCCGAAGGAGCCAUCCGGCCUGCUGCUGGAGGCAAAGGGGACUCACCGAGACGUGGUCGUAAGUCGACUUCACGGCUGAGCCUGACUCUGGAAUGGCUGGCUCCAGAAAUGAGUGGGGUCACUGGGGACCUCAGCUUGGUGUCCCCAUAUUCCUGCAUGAGGAAGAUGGCCAGAGGAUAAGGGGAGGAGGACAAGGCAAUGCUUCUGGAAAUUUAAGACGCCAAGUUCCAGCCCCGGUGCCUCCCUCUCCAAUGUUGUCCUGGUCACCUCUGGAGGCGGGACCCGGCAGCUCUGAGGAGCCCCCUGGUGGCCCAAGCAGUUGCUGCGGCCACACAGGCCAAGGCGCGCUCUCUCCUGGGCAUCCACAGACAUAGGACCUUUCUCAGGGCCCCAGACCUUGUGCCAGGCACUUCGCUGGGUGCCACCAGGGAAACAUCAUCUUCCAACAGCCCUGUGAGGUGGGCGUUACCCCGAUUUAUAGAUGUGAACGCCUGGAGGGGCCUGUCCUGUAUCAUCAGGCUGCUGCUGCAAAUCCACUGUUGGGGAAAGAAGCCAGAGGCAGAGCAUGAACAACAAUGACAUGAAGGCGUAUUUAUUUUUCAAAUAAUGAUCGAGCACGCUGGUGCAUGCAUAAACUCUGGAGGACCAUGCAAGUACCUGGCAUGGCCAGGGGCUUCUGGAAGGAGAGCUGGGGGGCUGGGGUAUAGAGUGGGAACAAACCAUUUUCACUGGGCUUAGUUUUGUGCUUUUUGAUUUUUGAACUAUAUAGAAGUAUUGCCUAUACUUAAAAAUUCAUGAAAGACGUAAACAUUUGUGGAUAUUGAAUGACAGGAAGAAACUUGGAAGUGACUGACUCUUCCCCCAGGUCCAGCAGCAUGGACAGGAAGCUGCUCAGCAACUACUUGCAUGCCUCCAGUGAUGGGCUGCUUACCCCUUACUUGGCCAACUCCCAGUCUGGAAAGAUCCUCUCUCCAUGGGCUGAAACUUCUCUUCCUGGUCAAAACUCCUUCUUCCGGGAUGACUUUUGGGUAUCUAUAGGAUGCCUGGUAUUAGCUGAGCACCCUCUGGUUUGUUCCCACUCUAUACCCCACCAGGGGCCAUGGUUUCAGCCCUCAAUAACCUCAGAGCCCAGUUUCUGGAAUUUUUAGGAAGAGGCAGGACUCCGGGGCCAGUGGGUGCAGGCCCACCGCCAAAGCAGGACUCGCCCUGCACACACUGGGUGGGCAGCUGUUUGUAACAAUGGAGAGGAAGCCUUGUGGCCCAAAGCCCCUGCCCUAUCAUUUCAUGGUGUCACAUCUCCUCGCCUCACUACCUGCUGGCUCUACAGAAAUGCGGUGGCUAUGGGGAGCUUGAGCUCUUGCAUUGAGAUGUUCUGACCUGAUGCACCUGACUGGUCAUCCAGUCUCAACAGCCCUGAGCUCAGUUUCCUCAUCUGUAAAGCGAGGUGCUGCCCAGUUCAUGCAAACAGUAGAAUGCCCAGCAUGUGUCAGACGCUGUACCCCGGGGGUUCAACAGCCAGGAUCCCUGCCCUCAGAGGAAUGCUCACCGUACGCGGCCCACCUCUACGACGCCGAGGACCCGUCCACGCCCCUGAGGACGGUGCCCGGGCUCUGCGAGGACUACUGCCUGGACAUGUGGCAGACGUGUCGGGGCCUGUUCCGCCACCUGUCGCCCGACCGAGAGCUCUGGGCCCUGGAGGGCAACCGUGCCAAGUUCUGCCGCUACCUGUCGCUGGACGACGCCGACUACUGCUUCCCCCGCCUGCUGGUCAACAAGAACCUCAACUCCAACCUGGGCCGCGUGGUGGCCGACGCCAAGGGCUGCCUCCAGCUGUGCCUGGAGGAGGUGGCCAACGGGCUGCGCAACCCGGUGGCCAUGGUGCACGCCCGGGACGGCACCCACCGCUUCUUCGUGGCCGAGCAGGUGGGGCUGGUGUGGGCCUACCUGCCCGACCGCUCGCGGCUGGACAAGCCCUUCCUGAACGUCAGCCGGGCGGUGCUCACCUCGCCCUGGGAGGGCGACGAGCGGGGCUUCCUGGGCCUAGCCUUCCACCCCGGCUUCCGGCACAACGGCAAGCUCUACGUCUACUACUCAGUGGGGUCCGGCUUCGACGAGUGGAUCCGCAUCAGCGAGUUCAGGGUGUCCGCUGACGACAUGAACACCGUGGACCACGGCUCUGAGAGGAUAAUCCUGGAGAUCGAAGAACCAGCCUCAAACCACAACGGGGGCCAGCUGCUGUUCGGGGACGAUGGGUAUCUCUACAUCUUUACUGGUGAUGGCGGGAUGGCCGGAGACCCCUUUGGAAAGUUCGGAAAUGCCCAAAACAAGUCGGCGCUGCUGGGCAAGGUGCUGCGCAUCGACGUGGACCACAACGAGCGCGGCCCGCUCUACCGCAUCCCGCGCGACAACCCGUUCGUGGGCGACCCCGCCGCGCGGCCCGAGGUCUACGCCCUGGGCGUGCGCAACAUGUGGCGCUGCUCCUUCGACCGCGGGGACCCGGCGACCGGCGCGGGCCGCGGGCGCCUCUUCUGCGGAGACGUGGGCCAGAACAAGUUCGAGGAGGUGGACCUGGUGGAGCGCGGCCGCAACUACGGCUGGCGCGCGCGCGAAGGCUACGAGUGCUACGACCGCAAGCUGUGCGCCAACGCCUCCCUCGAUGACGUGCUGCCGAUUUUCGCCUACCCGCACAAGCUGGGCAAGUCGGUCACGGGGGGCUAUGUGUACCGGGGCUGUGAGUACCCAAACCUGAAUGGCCUCUACAUUUUCGGCGACUUUAUGAGUGGGCGUCUGAUGUCCCUCCGCGAGAACCUGGAGACAGGCCAGUGGCGAUACAGCGAGAUCUGCAUGGGUCGAGGCCAGACCUGUGCGUUCCCGGGCCUCAUUAACAACUACUACCCUCAUAUCAUCUCCUUUGCUGAGGAUGAGGCCGGGGAGCUGUACUUCAUGUCGACGGGCGUGCCGAGUGCCACAGCGGCCCGUGGGGUUGUCUACAAAGUGAUCGACCCCUCCAGGAACAAAACCAUGCUGGGUCUGUCUGAAGCAUGUGGAUGUUAUCUGGGGUUCAGAGCAAAACCCGCUCUUUCUGCAGCUUUGGGAACCGUGUGUGCCUGGCUGUGUUUCUUUAACCCCUGCGGGGAGAGACCAGUAUCCCUCCUCAGUUUCCCUCUUUUGCCAAGCCUGUCUGGAAGCCACCUCAUGUCACAUGGCCACUUCACCCCUUGGGCCUUCCCCUUGUGCUGCUGGAGCCUAUUGAAAUCUGGACCCACGUGGGCCAGUCCCAGAAUAGGGUCGGUCCCAUUCAAAGACUCACAGAUCGACAGCCAAAGGCUAAUUAAAAUGGAAUUCCAUGCCUUACUUGUGCCCCUCGGAGAUGUCAAAGAAGACCCAAUUCAGAGCCUUGGCAACGCUUCUCAGAUGCUGUUCUCCUCAGCUCUCUGAAACCCCACCCUCCACGGCCCCAAAUCCCUCGGCUCUGCUGCCAGCCCUGCGGCUCUCUCUGACCCUUUAUCUUUGGAUCAACCUCACCUUUCCCUUAGAUGCUGCAUCACUAAAAUUCAGGG